CCGGCCCCAGCCCAACGCGGGUGAGUGACAGUGUUGUGCAAACGUGCCGGGGCUUCGGACCUCACCACGACCCUCCUGUGCCCGCCACCCGCCCCCGGCACACUACCGCGAGGUGCAGACGGAUCGGCCGCCACCAGACCUGCAGCGUAGCCAUGGAAGCGGCGCGAUGAUGUCCUCAGACUCCUCCCCGGAACAUGUGUCGAUCAGGACUCGAGUUUCGGGGAACGGUUCUGCUAUCAGCAAUGGCUCCUCGAAAAGCAUGGAGAAGCACCCCUUGCUGGGCUCCCGGCAGACCCCCCUGGGUGGCCAAGGGGGUGGCCCGGGGGGAGGGCUGAGCCUUGUGUUUGCCACUCUCUGCAUCAUCGACCUGUUCGGCGUAUUUCCAAUUGUAGCGCUUCCACGGCCAAUUAUCGACUGCGGCUGGCUGGGCCUCCCUCUGGCUGCCGUGGUGUUCGCCCUGCAGGUGUACACGGCGCUACUGCUGGGACGGUGUUGGGUGCUGGCCGAGGACAUCGACCCCACCAUCGUCGACAAGAGCAGGUAUCCGUACGCUGCACUGGCGCACAUGACCAUGGGACCCACCAUGAGCAAGGUGGUGACGGUUCUCCUGGACGUGACGGUGUUUGGUGCGGGCGUACCAAACCUCCUCGUCGCCUCACAAAAUAUCCAGCUAUUCGGCCUCAAGAUGACCGACCAGCGCGUUGACCUUUCGUUCUGCUACUGGCUUAUCGUCCUGGGCAUACUCCUGUGCCCCAUCAUGUGGCUCGGCAGUCCGAAAGAUAUGAAGUGGCUGGCGGUGACAUCGGUGUGCACCGUCCUGUCGGUGGCCGUGCUGACAUGGACGGCCAUGGUGCAGGACGACUCGCUGCCCGCCGGCUACAAUCCCAUGUGGACCAAGCCAUCGUGGGAGGCGCUGGCAAUCGCCUACGGUAUCAUAGCCUUCCAGUUUGACGUGCACCCCAUGAUCCUGACGGUGCAGGUCGACAUGCAGCACAAAAACAAGCUAGGAAAAGCAAUCCUGGGCAGUUUUGUUGUGACCGGGCUGCUGUUCAUGGUGACGACGGGCAUCGCCACCUGGAAGUACGGCGCCGCACUGCGCUACAACCUGCUGCAAGGGCUGCCCGCCGGCACGUUGCUGUACGUCAACGUGCUGCUCGUCACCCUGCAGAUCUGCCUGUCCAUGGUGGUCGGUGGUUCCGCCCUGUUCCAGGAUAUUGAAGACAAACUCAACAUACCCCGAGAGUUCAGUUGGCGGCGGUGCGUGCUGCGCUCCUCGCUGGUGGCCGUCAUGGUGUUGCUGGGCGAGGCCGUGCCGCGCUUCGACCUGGUCAUGGGGCUCAUCGGCGGCUCGCUCACCGGCCCGCUCAUGUUCGUGAUGCCACCGCUCUUCUACGCGCGCCUUAGGCGCAUGUCCUGGCGGGCGCGCCUGCUCCGGCCGCCACCGUGGCAGCCCUACAACAAGCCGCUGUUGGAGGCCGACGAGACGAGCCUGGACAAGGAGAAGGAGGCUGUCCGGCUGAUGCUCGCCACGGACCGCUACCCUGUCGGCCAGCAGCACCCCGACGGCUACCAGCCGUACCACGAUCAGACAUUGCAGUCCUCGCGUCGGCACCGGUCCACGUCGCCGUGGUACCGGCGCCUGCUCGACCCAGACUGCCUCUCGCUCGAGACGUGCCUGGGUGCGGGCCCACUGUCUGGCUGGGAGAUGGUGCUCACCUCUUUGACGGUGUUCGCCGGCGCCACCGCCACCGUGGCUGCAACCUUCUUCAGUAUCCGAGACACGCUACGCUACGCCACCUUUACGCCGCCCUGCCUCACAAACGUGACGCAGGCCUCCAAGAUACUGUCCAUUAUAACAGACGGCAUGAUCGCCAUCUAACUCCUCAUAAGCCAUUCCCCUUCAACACGGUGUUCAAUACGAUAUUUCUCAAGUCAACCACGACCAGCCCGCAGCGCUGCCUGUGAACUUUCUUCCAAUUUUAAAACAAUUGUUUUCCUGCAGUUAUAUACUCAUAUGAAUUGGCAAAACGGCGGUACAGGUCCGAGCCCCCGUCCCCUCUCCUCUCUCUCUCUCUCCUCUGUCCUUCCCUCAAGUGUUUCUCUCAACCACAGGCUAUGUGGAUUGUAUUGUGAUCUCUAGAUUUUUUUAAAGGAUGAAUAAAAAAACACUAGUCUUA